CCUCUUCACCACUGAUGACACGCUUUUGCGUUCUGGCACAUUGUAGAAACUUGCGGUGAAACCUUCCGCAGAUGCGCACUAUACAUCAAAGUUUAAAGGACGAGCCUAUCGACCAAUGAAAGACCUCCUGGGAACGCGGGAGUUCAACAUGAUCAUUCGCUGUUGCGCGUCUUCGUGCGAAUAACUCCGCGGAAAUCGACUUUCCGCACGACCACGAGAGUGACACAACACGAGAAAAUUCGCAGCUAUCGAGUGCAACUAUCAGCAGGCCACAGAAUCUUUCGUCUUUUUCUUGAAAACGCAGCAUCUCAACAGAGAUAGAGACAAAAACGUGCGCGCGCGCGCGCGUGAGUCAAGGUUACCUGAUCUCUCCGCGGGAGCUUGCUUAACGUCGAGGAAGUCGCCGUGCUACAAAAUACGACGACUCACGCGCCGCCAUUGAUGCGCGUCGCGUCACCUGCGGUACUCGCGCCGUAGCAGCGCUCAGCUGUGUAGUGACGGUAGUGACUCGGCCACGACGGUGUAGCCAGGUAAUCGUGGGGGUAUGUGACGGCUGCAUCGGACGGCUGAUAAUCAGGAUCGUGUCACCCAGCCGUAUCCUUGAUUCGUGGCGAGAGGACGCGUAGCGAUGCGACGCUGCAAGUAGAAAAUGGGCGCCAGAAGCGCGAUCGAAGAGCGGACGUCGUACGUCGUCGUACCGUUGCCGUUGCCGCACGGACUUCUGUGAUCCGCGCGCGGGGGCCAUCGAGACGAAGAGGCGAAUGCGACGCGGCGGUGGGCCGCGUGAACGAAGCUGACAGCUCGCCGCCGACGAUUUCGAGCAGCAAACAUGGGCAACUGCCUGAAGCGCGCCGGCGGCAAUCAACAGGACAAUACCACUCUGCUGAGCAGCAAUCCCGAGCCCGCCGUGUCCACCAGCGGAUCCUCGCAGGAGGGCCUCGGACCGCCGAUCCCCUACAACCAAGCGUCUUAUUAUCCGUCGAUUGCAACGAGGGAAUCUCGUCAUCUGCAAUCCACUAACUUGAACAUCAGCCGUGGCAUUGGCGUCAAUCUGAUGCAAGGCGUUGGAUCAGCCGGUCUCAGCGACGAGGAGCAACAAGUGAGGAUCGCAAAACGCAUAGGACUUAUCCAACACCUGCCGAUGCGGGAGUAUGACGGCACGAUGAAGGGAGAGUGCGUGAUAUGUAUGAUGGAGUUGUUGGCGGGCGAGGAAGUACGCUAUCUGCCCUGUAUGCACACGUACCACGCGAUCUGCAUCGACGACUGGUUGCUACGCUCGUUGACCUGUCCGUCCUGCAUGGAACCGGUGGACGCAGCGCUAAUUAGCUCAUAUCAUCCGACUACUUAAUACACCAGAGUAACCGGAUUUCUUGGUUUGGUUCCGAUCGGCGAUUGGAAUUCAAUUAUCCAGGCUAAAUGAAGUGACUGGAAGAACAAAGAGAGAGAGAGAGAGAGAGAGAGAGAGAGAGAGAGAGAGAGAGAGAGAGAGAGAG